AUGAAGGAUGAAGUCAUGCCUGAUGUAAACCAUUUGGUGAAAAUGGGAAUCCGGCAACCCACGCAGCAUUCGGACUGGGCGACGCCAAUUGACGUGAUGUGGAAAAAGGACGGCUACCUAAGGAUAUGUGAUGAUCACAGAAGCAAUGUGAACCACUCUGUCAAGGGUAACGCCUUUGUUGUGUUCCUUUGCGCUGCAACAGCGAUAGCGUCUGCUGGCCGUCGAUAUGGCGGUGGUGGAAAUGCUGGAGGAGGGGGCGAUCGCGGAGAAAUUUAUGGAGGUUACGGAGGAGGUCGUGGCGUUGGUGGAUACGGUGGAGGUAACAGCGGACGCUCUCGCCGAGGAUACGGCGGUGGAGACGGUGGAGGCAACCGCGGCGGAUACGAAGGAGGAAACGCUGGCCGAUAUGCUGGAGGAUACGGCAGAAGCUACGGCGGUGGAAAUGGUGGCGCCUAUGGUGGAGGUUACGGUGGUGAUAAUGGUGAUGGCGACGGAGGUGGAAACGGCGGACGGGAUGGAGCAGGGAAUAACAGAGGCUAUGGUGGAAGAUACGGUGGCAGCUACGGCAAAGGCAAUGGCGGAGGCUACGCUGAUGGCUACGGCGGAGGCGACGGCGGAGGAGACGGCCAAGGUGACGAUGGAGGCAAUGGCGGAGGCAACGGCAGGAGGUACGGUGGAGGCGAUGGCGAAGCCAACGGUGGAAACUACGGGGCAGGGUAUCCGUCAUUAUACAACGAUCGACGCUGA